UGAAAAUCGUAUUUCGAGUUUAUCGCGGAGUCUUGACAUCUGAUGAAUUUUUGUUUAUUUACAAUUGUACACAAAGUUCUAGAUAGCCCUCCAAAAUACUAUACAUUUCAAUAAAAUAAGCACUGUGUAUCAAACAUAUACCGGUUUUUAUAGCAAAGAUUUCUGCAAAGAUCUGGAAAAUGGGCGAUUAUGAUUCUGAUGAGGAACAAUCUCAACUUGAAAAGUUACGGUACGCAAAAGUGCCGCGAGGUAUGUUUGUUAGUGGCUGGGAUGAUGAUGCAGAUGAUUUAAUUGAGGAAGACAAAAAUCCACAAGCGAGUAUAGAGCGAAUGAUCCUGUGGGCUGUAAAUGAAAAUAAAAUCAAUGAAGUCCGCGAUAUAUUGAAUUUGGAUAACAAGGCAGUUUCUGCAGUAGACGAUGACGGUUACACUCCAUUACAUCGAGCGUGUUAUAAUAAUUUUGUUGAUAUAGCCAAGCUGUUACUGCAAUACAAAGCCGAUCCUAAUGCACGGACAAAUAUGGGUUGGACGCCAUUACAUUCAGCUUGUAAGUGGAGCAAUGCUGAAUGCGCCGAACUAUUGUUGCAACAUGGAUCCGAUGUAAACGCGAAAUCGGAUGGCGACCAAACACCUUUACAUGUGACGGCCACUGUUUCCAACUGUCGCAAUACUUCUACUGUGCUAUUUAUGAACGAAAACAUAAAUCCACGGGCGUUAAAUAAUUCAGAGGAAACCGCUGAAGAUAUUGCACGGCGAACUGGUUUAACUUAUCCAAUAUUUGAAAUGGGUCACCCAGCUUACGAUGUCGAAACUGGUAUAAUAGAUUAACAUUUAUUUGUUUUUAUUAGCAGCAACCAUCAAUAAACUUUCUGUUUUUAGUUUUGGUUAUUAA